AUGGGUGUCCUGGGCUGGGUCCCUGAGAACCGGACCGAACCGGGAGACGAGCUGACUGCUCUGAACGUCAAGCAAGGCUUCAAUAACCAGCCAGCGGUCUCUGGGGAUGAGCACGGCAGUGCCAAAAAUGUCAAUUUCAACCCAGCAAAGAUCAGUUCAAAUUUUAGCAGUAUUAUCGCAGAAAAGCUGCGGUGCAAUACCCUGCCUGACACAGGAAGACGGAAACCCCAGGUGAACCAGAAGGAUAACUUUUGGCUGGUGACAGCACGUUCUCAGAGUGCCAUAAACAACUGGUUCACAGAUCUGGCUGGAACUAAGCCCCUAACUCAUCUUGCUAAGAAGGUGCCUAUCUUUAGCAAGAAGGAAGAGGUCUUUGGUUAUUUGGCAAAAUACACUGUUCCAGUAAUGAGAGCAGCCUGGCUCAUCAAAAUGACUUGUGCCUAUUAUGCUGCCAUCACAGAAACCAAGGUGAAAAAGCGUCAUGUCAUUGAUCCCUUCAUUGAAUGGACGCAGAUCAUCACCAAGUACCUGUCAGAGCAGCUGCAGAAAAUUGCGGAGUUCUAUAGACAGCUCCCAGGGCAAGGCUGUGGUUCACCGUCUGGGCCAAUGCCCCAAGAGGUGGAACAAGCUUUGAAGCAGUGGGACUACAAUGAGAAACUAGCUAUGUUCAUGUUCCAGGAUGGCAUGCUGGACCGGCAUGAAUUCCUGACAUGGGUCCUUGAAUGCUUUGAGAAGAUACGGUCAGGAGAAGAUGAAUUUCUGAAAAUGCUCCUACCCCUGCUGCUGCGGUACUCUGGAGAGUUUGUGCAGUCUGCAUACCUGUCCAGACGUUUGGCCUACUUCUGCACCCGCAGGCUUGCUAUGCAACUGGAUGGUGCUGGUGGGCACCCACCCCACAUCCUGUCUGCUCAGACAGGCAAUGCUCUUCCUUCAACUCCUACCCCUCAGCCAGCUGCAGGCAAUCCUCCUCCUAGCCCUUUCAGUGACUUACUGCUGUGUCCCCAGCACCGGCCAGUGGUAUAUGGGCUCAGCUGCAUCCUCCAGAGUAUAAUUUUGUGUUGUCCAAGUGCCCUUGUGUGGCAUUACUCAUUGACUGAUAGCAGAAUAAAGACCGGCUCUCCAUUGGACCACCUGCCUAUAGCCCCAUCCAACUUGCCCAUGCCAGGAGGGAAUUCAGCCUUUACACAGCAGGUUCGGGCAAAGCUGCGUGAAAUUGAGCAGCAGAUAAAGGAACGUGGCCAGGCUGUGGAGGUUCGCUGGUCAUUUGACAAGUGCCAGGAAACCACAGCAGGUUUCACUAUUGGCCGUGUCUUGCACACUUUAGAAGUUCUGGACAGUCACAGCUUUGAAAGAUCUGACUUCAGCAACUCUUUGGAUUCCUUGUAUAACAGGAUAUUUGGGCUGGGUCCAACCAAAGACAGUCAUGAGAUCUCUCCAGAUGACGAUGCAGUGGUGGCCUUGCUUUGUGAGUGGGCUGUCAGCUAUAAACGCUCUGGACGCCACAGGGCUAUGGUUGUGGCCAAACUCCUGGAGAAGCGUCAAGCAGAGAUAGAGGCUGAGAGAUGUGGGGAUUCUGAAGUCGUGGAUGAGAAGGGCUCCAUCUCCUCGGGCUCUCUCUCAGCAGCCAGUGCUCCUGUCUUUCAGGAUGUCCUUAUGCAGUUCCUUGACACGCAAGCUCCUAUGCUAACUGAUCCUGGGAAGGAAAAUGAGAAGGUGGAGUUCUUUAACCUGGUGCUGCUGUUCUGUGAGCUAAUUCGACAUGAUGUCUUCUCUCACAACAUCUACAUGUGCACGCUUAUCUCCCGGGGUGAUCUUGCUAUGGAUUCUCAUGGGCCUCGCCCACCCUCACCCUUUGAUGACCCUGCUGAGGAGCAUGACAGGAAGGAGACGGAGGGAAACAGCGGCAUAAAGCUAGAGGACACAGGUCUUUCUGAGCCCAUGGACAUCGACCACAACUCCAGCAUGCUGUUUGAUGACAUGGAGAAGACAGACUUUUCGAUGUUUUCUCCUCCAAUGCAUUGUGAAUCAAAAGCCAGCCCUUCCCCUGAGAAACCAGAUCCUGAAAAGGAAGCAAAGCCUCUACUGAAGGAUAAGUCUGUGGAAGGAAUGCUAGCAUCCCUGUAUGACCAGCCUCGGCACAUCCAGUAUGCAACACACUUUCCUAUUCCUCAGGAGGAGUCAUGCAGUCAUGAGUGUAACCAACGGCUGGUAGUUCUUUUUGGGGUUGGAAAACAACGGGAUGAUGCUCGUCAUACAAUCAAGAAAAUAACCAAAGACAUUCUAAAAGUCUUAAACAGAAAGAGCACUGCAGAGACAGGUGGAGAAGAAGGCCAGAAGAGGAAAAAGAGCAAGCCAGAAGCAUUCCCAACAGCUGAAGAUAUAUUUGCAAAAUUCCAGCACCUUUCUCACUUUGAUCAGCACCAAGUCACAUCUCAGGUAUCUCGCAAUGUCUUGGAACAGAUCACCAGCUUUGCCUUGGGAAUGUCAUACCACCUGCCUCUGGUACAGCACGUGCAGUUCAUAUUUGACUUGAUGGAGUAUUCACUCAAUAUCAGUGGUCUUAUCGACUUUGCCAUCCAGUUGCUGAAUGAACUGAGCGUGGUGGAGGCAGAACUGCUGUUGAAAUCCUCCGACCUUGUUGGCAGCUACACCACCAGUUUGUGCCUGUGCAUCGUGGCGGUGCUGCGGCAUUACCACUCCUGCCUUAUAUUGAACCAGGACCAGAUGGCUCAGGUCUUCGAAGGUCUCUAUCUCUACGACCUGUAUACCUCCUGCAGUCACCUCAAAAGUAAAUUUGGGGAGCUCUUUAGUGACUUCUGCUCCAAGGUGAAGAACACAAUCUACUGCAAUGUUGAGCCAUCUGACUCCAACAUGCUAUGGGAACCAGAGUUCAUGAUUGACACUAUUGAAAAUCCAUCUGCACAUAACUUUACUUACACCAACCUGGGCAAGAGCCUCAAUGAAAACCCAGCCAACCGCUACAGUUUUGUCUGUAAUGCACUUAUGCAUGUGUGUGUGGGACACCAUGAUCCAGACAGGGUCAACGACAUUGCUAUCCUGUGUGCUGAGCUAACUGGCUACUGCAAGUCUCUAAGCGCCGAGUGGCUGGGCGUGCUCAAAGCUUUGUGCUGUUCCUCCAAUAAUGGGACCUGUGGCUUCAAUGAUCUCCUCUGCAAUGUUGAUGUCAGUGACUUAUCUUUCCAUGAUUCCUUGGCCACCUUUGUUGCCAUUCUCAUUGCCCGGCAGUGCUUGCUGCUGGAGGACCUGAUUCGCUGUGCUGCUAUCCCCUCACUGCUCAAUGCUGCCUGCAGUGAGCAGGACUCAGAACCAGGAGCCCGUCUGACCUGCCGGAUUUUACUCCAUCUGUUUAAGACUCCGCAGCUGAACCCGUGCCAGCAAGAUGGCAACAAACCCACGGUGGGAAUCCGCUCUNNNNAUCCAAAUCACUUACUGGCAGCUUCCCAGAAUCGUAUUGUGGAUGGAGCAGUCUUUGCGGUGCUGAAGGCUGUCUUUGUUCUGGGAGAUGCAGAACUGAAAGGCUCUGGCUUUUCCCACCCUGGAGGUGUUGAUGAUCUCAUGGAUGAUGAGCUAGGCAGCAGGAAGGCUGGUGGUCGGGUAGUAACUGUGGAAACAGCUAGCUUGGAUAUUUAUGCCAAAUAUGUACUACGGAGUAUAUGUCAACAGGAGUGGGUAGGUGAGCGGUGUCUGAAGUCCCUCUGUGAAGACAGCAAUGACUUGCAGGAUCCUGUCCUGAGCAGCACGCAGGCCCAGAGGCUGAUGCAGCUGAUUUGUUAUCCACACCGGCUGCUGGACAAUGAGGAAGGAGAAAAUCCUCAACGGCAGAGGAUUAAACGCAUCUUACAGAAUCUGGACCAGUGGACCAUGAGGCAGUCCUCGCUGGAGCUGCAGCUUAUGAUCAAGCAGACGGCAAACAAUGAGAUGAACUCCUUGUUAGAAAAUAUAGCCAAGGCCACCAUUGAGGUAUUCCAGCAGUCUGCAGAGACCAGCUCUGCUAGCUCUGCUGGCAAUGGAGUCAACAAUAUCAGUAGCUCAGCAAGUGCUACACCUGCCAGCAACAAAUCCAAACCCAUCCUCAGCUCCCUGGAGAGAUCAGGAGUGUGGCUGGUGGCCCCUCUCAUUGCCAAGCUUCCAACAUCAGUUCAGGGCCAUGUGCUGAAAGCUGCUGGAGAAGAACUGGAGAAAGGACAACAUCUGGGGUCAUCGUCCCGCAAAGAGCGGGACCGCCAGAAGCAGAAGAGCAUGUCCCUCCUGAGCCAGCAGCCAUUUCUGUCACUGGUGCUAACAUGCUUGAAAGGACAGGAUGAGCAGCGGGAGGGCCUCCUCACUUCUCUGUACAGUCAGGUCCAGCAGAUUGUUACGAAUUGGCGGGAAGAUCAGUACCAAGAUGACUGCAAAGCCAAGCAGCUGAUGCAUGAGGCCCUGAAACUACGGCUGAAUUUGGUGGGGGGAAUGUUUGACACAGUUCAACGCAGUACACAGCAGACAACUGAAUGGGCUGUGCUUCUCCUGGACAUCAUCAGCAGUGGCACCGUGGACAUGCAGUCAAACAAUGAGCUCUUCACCACUGUGUUGGACAUGCUGAGUGUUCUCAUCAACGGCACCCUGGCUGCUGAUAUGUCCAGCAUUUCUCAGGGCAGUAUGGAGGAGAACAAGCGGGCAUACAUGAAUCUUGUCAAGAAACUCAGGAAAGAGCUGGGGGACCGGCAGUCUGACAGCCUGGAGAAGGUGCGACAGCUACUGCCGCUUCCCAAGCAAACCCGAGAUGUCAUCACCUGUGAACCUCAGGGAUCCCUCAUUGACACCAAAGGCAAUAAAAUAGCUGGAUUUGACUCAAUCUUCAAGAAGGAGGGUUUGCAAGUCUCUACAAAGCAGAAGAUUUCCCCUUGGGAUCUAUUUGAGGGCUUAAAGCACUCAGCCCCCCUCUCCUGGGGAUGGUUUGGGACAGUCCGGGUGGAUCGCAAGGUGUCUAGAUUUGAGGAGCAGCAGAGGCUUCUUCUGUACCACACACACUUGAAACCCAAGCCCCGCAGUUACUACUUGGAGCCGUUGCCGCUGCCCCCUGAAGAGGAAGAGCCUCCUACACCUGUGGCUUUAGAGCCAGAGAAGAAAGCUACAGAACCAACCAAGGCUGAUAAAACAAGCUCCAAUCCUGCCACCUCUACUGAAGAACGCAAGAAGAAACAGAGCAAAACCAAGAAACGCAAUCAAUCUGCCAGCAAAACUGAGGAUUUUGUGUUGGGCCCUAGCCGGGGGGUUUCAUAUGGAGUUGGUAUGCCUACAGAUCUCUUGCAUCAUCAGUCAGGAAGCACUAUGUCAAGGCUGGCAUAUGGGCAAUCUCCAGUGGGUCUCUAUGCCCAGAAUCAGCCUCUUCCAGCAGGUGGCCCUCGCCUGGAUACAUCCUACAGACCUGUACGCAUGCCACUGGGGAAACUUGUUCAGAGUCGUCCUCCCUAUAGUGGUGUGCUGCCUCCAGGGAUGGGGAGCAUGAUGGGCAUUGACCCUUCCUACAAGCCAGCAGUGUACAGACAGCAGCCUCCAGUGUCCCAGGGACAGAUCCUGAGGCAGCAGCUUCAAGCAAAGUUGCAGGGCCAAGGCAUAAUGGGACAGCAGCCCGUGCGCCAGAUGCCUCCAACCCCAUCCUAUGGAGCGCUGCAGCCCUCCCAGGGUUACACACCUUACGUGUCCCACAUAGGCCUUCAGCAGCACCCCUCCCAGUCAGGCACGAUGGUACCUCCUACCUAUUCUGGCCAGCCCUAUCAGAAUUCCCACCCCAGCUCUAAUCCUGCCCUGGUGGAUCCUGUUAGACAGAUGCAGCAGAGACCAAGCGGCUAUGUACAUCAGCAGGCCCCUGGCUAUGGGCACACCUUGGGCAACACACAGAGGUUUCCUCACCAGUCGAUACAGCAGGCCCCCAUGAUGAGUGGGAUGAACCAUUUGGGUCCACAAGGAGUCCCCUCAGGAAUUCGACCCAGCCAGAUACUGCCUGACCAGCAGCAGCAGCAGUACCUGAGGCAGCAGCAGCAACAGCAGCAGCAGAUGCUGAGGCAGCAGCAACAGCAACAGCAGCAGCAACAGCAACAACAACAGCAGCAGCAGCCACAGCCCCCACAGCCGCAGCCACAGCAGCAACCCCAGGUCUCCACAGUGCCUCAGCCACAGGCGCAGGGCCAGCCCCCAGGGCUGGGGAUGCAGGCUCUUCCCCCCCAGCAGCCCAUUUUCCAGCGCCAGGGCCUUCAGCAGACACAGCAGCAGCAGCAGACAGCUGCUCUGGUUCGACAGCUUCAACAGCAGCUUUCCAAUACGCAGACACAGCAGAACAACAACCCAUUUGGACGCUACUGAUCUGUGGCACUUCAGCCUGAUCCAGAAGGGAGACAUCACUGUGGACUGGAUACAGCCUCUUCAGCCUGACCCACAGACUGGGGCUGCCCCCAAUCUCUGUCCUUGGGCCUGUGCCCCCAGUACUGCUGCUGCCCAUCUCACAGGGAGAUGCCAGGAGGAUGAUUUUAUUGUACAGAGAAAGUGUUUUUACUAUCCAAUUUCUACAAAUGUUUAUGGAGAUCCCUUGUGGCUGAUAGUCUCCCUUCCCACUUUGGUUUCAGUUUUUACUCAGUUUUUAGUAUUUUUGUUAAAAUAAUGAUUAAGACAUUGUAAAAUUUUGUAUUUUAUUUAUACCAGAUGAACCCUGUACUGCAGACAUUCUUGGAUGA